GGGGAGUUGAGGGUUAUGGGGGGGCGGUGGGGGGGAGCUGAGGGACAGGCAGGCAAGUGGAGUCGAGGCCACAAUCAGAUCAGCCACGAUCGUAUCGAAUGGCGGGACAGGCUCGAUGGGCCGAACGGCCUACUUCUUGGCUGCACCAUGGAAAUGCCCUGCGGACUCUUGACAGCGAAGAACACUCCAGUCCCCCUGAGGAGUAUCUCGGUGGUAGUGGAGGUGCAGGGCUUUGUGGCUGAUGUCACUGCGUCGCUGGAGUACAGGAAUGAGGAAACCAACCCUGUGGAGGCCGUCUUCGUCUUCCCCAUGGACAGAGAUGCGGCCGUCUACCACUUCCAGGCCACGGUGGACGGCAAGAGGAUUGUGGCCGAGAUUAAGGAGAAAGAAAAAGCCAAGGACGAGUACGAUGAUGCCGUCUCCGCUGGACACGAGGCCUUUCUGCUGGAGGAGGACAGCAGCAGCAGCGAUAUCUUCACCUGCAUGGUGGGCAACCUGCCCCCGGCUCAGAGCGCCAGCCUCUCCUUCUCCUUUGUCCAGGAACUGGCGAUCGAGGCCGACGGAGCUGUGAGAUUUGUCCUGCCCGCUGUCCUCAACCCCCGUUACACACCGACAGAUGCCCGGGCCCCCGGCGUGACCGAGGACAUCCCGCGGGCGCUCGGCCCGCCCUACACGCUGGCGCUCAAGGCCCAGGUCCGGAGCCCGCUGGGGGUCUCCCGCGUCCAAUCCAACUGCGGCCUGAGCCCCCUGAAGUACCUGAGUCCGGACAAGACGGCGGCCGAGCUGUCGCUGACCGAUGGACACAGUUUCAAUAAAGAUGUUGAACUGCUGAUAUAUUACGACAAUGUUCACACACCGAGUGCCAUUGUGGAGGCCGGGGUGGAGUCUGUGGCUCCAGGGACCCUGAUGGGAGACCCCACCAUUAUGGUCAACGUCUAUCCCAGUUUUCCUGAGCAAUCUCCCCAGGUCGCUUCUGGGGAGUUCAUCUUCCUGUUGGAUCGUUCUGGAAGCAUGGGCGGUGCGAUGUCCGAUAAGCAGGGUGGACCCACCCGCAUCCAAAGCGCCAAGGAAACCCUACUGCUGCUCCUCAAGAGCCUGCCCAUGGGAUGUUUCUUCAACGUGUAUGGAUUUGGGAGCCACUUCAGCUCUUUCUUCCCCGAGAGUGUCGAGUACAAUCAGGAGUCGAUGCAGAAGGCGCUGGAGGAACUGAAGGGUCUGGACGCAGACAUGGGCGGCACAGAGAUCCUCCAGCCCCUCACCGCCAUUUACAGCAAGUCUUGUAAAGCCGGGCACCCGCGGCAGCUCUUUGUUUUCACCGACGGCGAGGUGUCGAAUACAAAGGCGGUGAUCACCGAGGUUCGGAAGCACGCCCCCAGUCACAGGUGCUUUUCUUUCGGGAUUGGCCAGGGGGCCUCGACUGAUCUCAUCAAAGGCAUCGCCAAGGCCGCCUCGGGGAGCUACGAGUUUAUCACCGGGAAGGAGAGGAUGCAACCAAAGGUGUUGCAGAGUUUGAAGUUCGCUCUCCAGCCGGCUGUGACCGGCCUGACCGUCAGCUGGGCACUGCCCACGGGCCUGGAGGCUGUUCUCCUAUCCCAGCUCCCCACUGUGAUCUUCAACGGGCAGAGAACCAUCCUCUACGCACAGCUGAAAGGGAAGGAUUAG